GGGAGGGAGGUGUGGGAAGAACAGCGACGGAUGCUCCAUCCGCGACGACAAGAAUCCAUAACACGAGGAGUGCAGCGACUGCGAGUGGUGGACGACGAAAACGACGGCGACGCACCUGAUGUCGGCGGCAACGAUCAGGACUUGAACGACGACGACUGCGGGGGUGGGGAGGACGACGCAGGGCAAGUGUGGCCAUCCAAGCAAAGCAGCAUGGUGGGGAAGGGCGGUAGGGCGAAGGCGUCUAUUCGCAACGGUCGACGAGGGAAGAAGCCGACGGGGAAGGGGAGCGACGUCGAAGCUGACGGCGAUGCAGAAGGCGGUCGUCAUUUUUGGUCUGUCGACGACAUGGUGGCCCUGAUACGGGCUAAACGUGACCAGGAUGCGCAUCUGCAGGGAAUGGGCACUGCGUACGCUCGUAUGAAGCUGCGAGAAUGGAAGUGGUUGGAUGUGGAGCAAAGGCUGAAGAAGGUGGGCGUGGAGAGGGAGGCAGAACGGUGUGGGAAGAAGUGGGAUAAUUUGAUGCAGCAGUUCAAGAAGGUACACCACUUCCAAGGCUUGUCUGGGAAACAGGACUUCUUCCAGUUCACAGGGAAGGAGCGGUUGUCGAAGGGCUUCAGUUUCAACAUGGAUCGUGCGGUUUACGACGAGAUCCUGGGGUCGACUGCCAAGAGCCACACCAUUAACCCCAAGAACGUCGCAGACACUGGUGCUCCGGGGGGUGUGCGUCUGUCGUCGGCGAAUUCUGGUGAUCCGGAGUCAGUCGGGGAUCGGGACGCAGCUGCAGGGCUGGACGAUGACGACGGCGGGUCGACGAGAGGUUCUUCUCAGACGACGGGAGGCCCUGCUGGCUUCAGCAAGAGGAAGAGCACGAGGCAGCAAACUUUCGACACUCUGUCGGAAUGCAUGGAGAAGCAAGGGGCUCUGGUGGCGUUGACGAUGGAAAGCAACAACAAACGGCAGUGUUCAAUCCAAAUCCGGCAGUGUGAGGCAUUGGAAGCGGAGGUGGAGGUGCAAAAGAAACACUACGCUGCGUCCGACGAAGUUAGCAAACUGAUGUGCCACGCUCUGCUUGAGAUAGCGAAGGCCAUCCGCGAGCACGCGGAAGGCUGGGUGGCGGAGGGGGACGAUUCACACGGGGAAAGCGACUUCGCCGAAUCGGAGGAAAUCCCAAUGAAGCGCAAGUCCUCCAGAAGGCAGACUGCAGCCCUCCGGAUCGAUGACGUCGGUGAGAGGUGUAGCGCAGGGGGCCGCGGGGCAAGUCAACAAGACGCCAAUGUCGUCGCUCGUCCGGCGACGGGCCGUGUCGGGGGGAAUGCCGCCACGCAGCAGAACCGUGCGCCUUUGCCACGUGUCAACGAACCCCCUGCCGCGCAAGAGGUGUUCGUCCGCGGCCGAACGCCAUCGACCCCGCAACAAAUGACGGCCACAGAAGUCGGCCCUCCUGCGAUUCGACGCAGCAUCGUCCUGCCACACACCACCAUCCCGCAGCACAAAAUCGACGACGAAUCAGAGUUCAGCGCUGCGCAAGAUAGGGCGCUGAAGGUGCAGACCAUCGCUCUGCAUGUGAUCCACGGGUGGGUGUUCAAGUCCGCGAGCAGGCAACGGGGUUACCACGCUGCGUACAGGUACGCGCUGAACCAUGCGGCGACUGACAUCGCGCGCGCGAUCUGGAUGGGGGAAGACUGGUGUAUGUGUGUGAGCCCCAUGGUUUUCCACACUACGCUCGACAUGGACAUGAAGCUGCCACUGUGGUUCAUCGGCGGUCACAUCAAAGACAGGCACGAGGACGACGAGCUGGCGGCGUAUCAGGAAGCGAGCGUCCAGAGACUGGUGGGUGCAUUCACGAGCGCCGUGAGCAUGGCGGAGGGAGUCGACGGUGGUCGGGUGUCGCAUGAGAGGCUGAAGAGCGUAGCCGAGGCAAUGCGGGUAAUGCUCGCCGCGACGAUGUGGCUUAUGCGGAUGGGCGGUGACGAUCGUCGCGCCCAUUAUGACGCGUGGGUAUUCGUCCAGCUGACGGCGAAACCCACAUUAAUCGCAUCCAUUCAUCACUCGUUCGACGCGCAUCGCCACAUCGUGCAGGCCGCAACUGCCAUCACAGACAAGCUGGCGAAACCCCCGAUCACCUUGCUGGCCCCUCCAGUGUACAUCCCGGACUGGGCGUCAAUCGGCGUGAAAUUCUCGCACGACGCCACUUUUUCUUCCCCAAUGGAGGCUCAAAAGCUCGAUUGGUUGGGCACAGGGCCACCGGAAGACGACGACGACGCCGCUGUCAAUGACGAUAUGAUCGCGGGGGGUUCAUGAUGCCUUUGGGUGCGCUGGGAUGAGGUGGGUGCAUGUGUGCACUUUCAUGUACAAUU